GUGAUAAAUUCUGACAUGGCGACUAUGGCAUCGUUUCAUAACAAACUAAUGAACUUAGAAGCUCGUUUAAGAGCAGAAAAUGAAGCUAGAAGUCGAGAUAAAUUGCCAAGGGAUUUAACAACUGGAUUUACGAGUCCACAACAUACUCCCAGACCUAGACUAAAAAAUCUUCCAAUUGGAGAAUUUGGCUCCCCUGGACGACCGUCUUCUUCUAGCCGUUCUAGAAAACCUUUUAUGCUUCCACAGUCUCAACCAAGUAUGAAGAUGUCUGAUAAUGGAAUUAGUGAAACAGAUUGGAAACUACAAGAAAUUAUGAAACAAGCAAAUAUUUUGACUAUCAAUGGAAUUAAAUACAGUGCGGAUAUGAAAGACUUGGAACAAAUUGGAGAACUUGGAACGGGAACUUGUGGCCAUGUAGUCAAAAUGAGGCAUUUACCCACAAAUAAAGUUAUUGCUGUCAAACAAAUGAGGAGAUCGGGAAAUAAGGAAGAAAACAAGAGGAUUACAAUGGACUUAGAUGUAGUUCUCAGAUGCCAUGAUUGUCCUCAUAUUGUACAGUGUUUUGGUUAUUUUAUAACUGAAUCUGAUGUGUGGAUUUGCAUGGAGUUGAUGGCCACUUGUCUCGAUAAGUUAUUAAAAAAACUGAUGGCUCCUAUUCCAGAACAAAUCUUGGGGAAAAUGGCAGUUGCUAUUGUCAAAGCCCUACAUUAUCUAAAGGAAAAGCAUGGUGUGAUUCAUAGAGAUGUAAAGCCAUCCAAUAUACUUUUAGAUGAAAAUGGCACAGUCAAACUAUGUGAUUUUGGAAUUAGUGGGAGAUUGGUUGAUUCAAAAGCCAAAACAAGAUCUGCUGGUUGUGCAGCAUACAUGGCUCCAGAAAGAAUAGAUCCUCCUGAUCCUGAACGUCCCGAUUAUGAUAUUAGAGCUGAUGUGUGGAGUUUAGGGAUAUCUCUUGUGGAACUUGCUACUGGUAAAUUUCCUUAUCAGGAUUGUAAAACAGAUUUUGAAGUUUUGAGCAAAGUUUUGCAGGAAGACCCUCCAAGGUUGCCUUCAAAUUCAGCGUUUUCCCUUGAUUUCUGCUCAUUUGUUCAAGUAUGUUUGACAAAAGAUUACAGAAAGAGGCCCAAGUACAGAGAAUUACUUGAACAUAACUUCGUGAAAAGGUAUGAAAAGGCGAAUGUUGAUGUUGCUGCAUGGUUUGCAACUGUUAUGCAAAAAGGAACUCCUCGAACAUUUAGGUUCAGGUACAAAUGAUGGAAUCCUUUGUUUCACUGGUUGAAACAUCUGAGAUUCAUAAAUAUUUUAUUAGCUCCACUUAAUUGCCAAAUUUCAUCACUCAAGUCAUCUAGAAUUGAGUUCUUCCUAAGGCAAGGUUGUUUGGAGACGUUGUUGAUCCGAUCAGUUUUAGACCACAGAAUAUAUGCUGGAAACACUGUAAAUGGCAGACCAUAUUUGUGUCAAAACUGAAAAUAUUCUUGAAUUGUCAGGCAGCUCUAUGUAAACUAAUCCUGUAUUUAUG